CUCGUCAGCAAAGAGAAAUGUCAAAGUAGUGAAAAUCAGUAAUAAAGAGUUCAUUACUGCUGGAAGAAAAGUUUUUUCUAAUCAAGUUUUGAUAUUUUAACGAAGGAAAAUUACAGCUUUUAAAGGCAAAAUAAAAAACUGAAUAUCAAAGUUUCGCAUAACGCUCUAUCAACACACUACGCACAGGUUUAGAACAUGGUAAGUGAGCAGCGUUGUGCGUAGCAGCUCCACUUCCAAAAAAAGCGACGAAAGUCGAGAUAAUUAACAAGUUAAGAAAAAAAUAAAACGGAGAUUUGGUAAUUGCGAUUGCUUAAAACCACAUAAAACCAAAAACCAUAAUAUUGUGGUGCCGGAAAAAGUGUAGAUUAGCAAGCGCUGGUGAGUGUAUUUUACGACAACCACUAGCAACCGCAGGGAAGCAAGCAUAACAAUUUUCGGCAAGAUCAUUUAGUUUUAAAGUUAAGAUCCUUUUACAUAUCUUCUUUACAAACAUAAAUAUACUAUAAGACAAUUAAACUCUAACAACUGCAACAACGGCGGUCGGCAUGUAUCCAUGGAAUUCCACUUCUUAUAGUCAAAAGGGAGGAGGUGUUGCUGGUGCCGGUGGCGGCGGUGGUGACCGAAGUAGCGAACGCCGCAUGACCAUGCCGAGUGGUAUUGACGAUCAAGAGAAGCUUCUGGCCGAGGCUAUAGGCACAGCCCGUAAGCAGGCAUUCCAAAUGAAUCAUUUUCUAGACAAGGAUCGUAUUUUGGAUGCACUGAAAUGUGCCAGCGCAAUGCUAAGCGAAUUACGCACAUCCAUGCUAUCGCCAAAAAGUUACUACGAGCUGUAUAUGGCCAUCACAGAUGAGCUUUGCCACUUGGAAUUGUAUCUGAGCGAGAAGGGUAACAAAGAGACCGAUUUCUAUGAACUUGUGCAGUAUUCGCAUACAAUUUUACCACGUCUCUAUCUGCUGAUAACCGUUGGCAUUGUGUACAUCAAAAAAGAUAAGACGCUAAAGCGUAGCAUUCUAAAAGAUUUGGUGGAAAUGUGUCGUGGUGUACAACAUCCGUUGCGUGGGCUAUUCUUACGGAACUACCUGCUGCAGUGCACGCGAAAUAUUCUGCCCGAUGUGUUGGUAGCAGAUAAUGAACAUGAAGGUAAUAUUUUGGAUGCUAUCGAAUUUGUUUUGACGAACUUUGGCGAGAUGAACAAACUGUGGGUGCGUAUGCAGCAUCAAGGUCAUUCAAGCGAAAAAUCACGACGCGAAAAGGAGCGUGAAGAACUUAAAAUAUUGGUGGGCACUAAUUUGGUUCGCCUCUCCCAACUAGAAUCUGCCACUUUGGCUCACUAUCAGCGAUACAUUUUGCCGGGCAUUUUGGAGCAGGUGGUUAGUUGUCGUGAUGCCAUCGCGCAAGAGUAUUUAAUGGAAUGUAUUAUACAAGUAUUCCCCGAUGAGUUUCACCUUCAAACUUUGGAUCCGUUCCUUAAGUCGUGCGCACAGUUGGAGACUGGGGUGAAUGUUAAAAAUAUAAUUAUAUCACUGAUUGAUCGCUUGGCAGCAUACAAUCAAAGAAGUGGCAAGACGGGCGGCACGGACAUCGAGUCCAUUAUACCAGCCGAGGUGGAGUUAUUUGAAGUUUUCAGCGUUCAAGUGGCGAACAUCGUGCAGAAGCGCAUGGAUAUGCCGCUGGAAGAUACGAUAUCUCUACAAAUCGCGCUUCUGAGUCUAGCUCAAAAAGUCUACCCUGAUCGCGUGGAUUAUGUGGAUAAAGUAUUAGGCACAACAACACAAAUUUUGGAUAGUCUUGAAAUGAAUAACAUUUCCCAUUUUCUAUCGGUAAAUCAAGAGCUGUCACGCCUCCUACGCAUUUGCAUCGAUUUCUAUAACAAUGCAUUGACUGUUAUACAACUAAAGAACUUUACGCCAUUGCUCGAUAAGUUCGACUACACAUCCCGCAAGGCGCUAGCGCUAUAUUUGAUACUGAACAUACUCGAAUUUGAAACUCUAAUACCAACAGCCGAACAAGCUGAACAUGUGCUGACCAUAAUUUCACCGCUGAUAAAAGAUGAAGAAGUGCCCGUAGGACCGGACGGCAAACCAGUGUCCCAAUCUACAAAUGGCAACAAUGUCGAUCCGGAGGAAUUCGCCGAAGAGCAAGGCAUAGUUGCACGAUUUAUACAUUAUAUGAAGUCCGACGAACCCGAUAUGCAAUAUAAAAUACUACAAUCGACUCGUAAACAUCUUGGCGCCGGCGGUCCACAACGUAUAAAGCAUUUACUGCCGCCACUUGUAUUCUCCGCAUACCAACUGGCCUAUAAAUACAAGUCUAUCGCUGAGACGGAUGAUAAUUGGGAUAAGAAAUGUCAGAAAAUAUUGCAAUAUUGUCAUAGUACGAUUGCGGCGAUAGCCAAAGCCGACUUGCCGGAUCUGGCGUUGCGUUUGUAUCUGCAGGGUGCACUGGUCAUUGGGGAAAUCGGCUAUGCAAAUCACGAGACUGUGGCCUACGAAUUCAUGACGCAAGCCUUCUCACUCUACGAAGAUGAAAUAUCCGAUUCAAAAGCGCAGUUGGCUGCUAUUAUGCUAAUAAUGUCCACUUUCGAACAAAUGACAUGCUUCAGCGAGGAAAACGCUGAACCACUACGAACGAAUUGUGCGCUUGCUGCCUCCAAGUUACUAAAGAAGCCCGAUCAGUGCCGUGGUGUGGUCGCGUGUGCAGCACUCUUUUGGAGUGGCAAAAAGAAUGGCGAGGAGAUGCGCGACGAGAAACGAACGCUCGAAUGCUUAAAAAAGGGCGCGCGUAUAAUUGCGCAGUGCUUGGAUGUCGGUGUACAAGUGCAGCUCUACGUCGAAUUGCUAAAUCAUUAUCUAUUCUACUUCGAACGAGGAAAUUCAUUAAUUACUGUGGCAAUGUUAAACCAGCUCAUCGCUAAAAUCAAUGAGGACUUACCGAAUCUAGAAUCAACAGAAGAGACAAAGCAGAUCGACAUGCACUACAAGAACACGCUGACGCAUAUAAGAAGUCGCUUGGAGUCCAACGACUCUGGCUUGGAGGUUUCAUUCGCUGGCAUAUCCAUUAAUUAGUGAAAAUAGCUUACAUUUACUUAAUUUCAACGCAUUGUAUUCGCGCGGUUUAGUUUUUAUUUGAAUUGUCUUUACAACAUUUUGUUAAAAUUAAGAAAUAAAUUGCAAAUUUGUAUGAAGCGCCAACAACAUUUAGGAAUACGCAACAGUCGGCCAAUGACUGUCACUGUCGCAAUACUUAUUGCGGUUAAAACAACAAAAACAACAGGAACACGUAUAUUUCUCUCCGUUUGAAGUAAAGCGCUCAUUUUUAUUAAAAACUGAAGUUACUUAGUACUCCUUUUUUCCCUUAUACCCUUCGCAUCUUUAAUGUCAGACAAUAGUCGCUAAAGGGAAAUGAUAUAAACAAUAAUUAACUUUACUUAUAUGAGCCAGCUGGUUGUUUCCACCAAUUAAAUUGUAACGAAAUUCCAUUUAUUAUACAUUCAUUGGAAUGCUUUUUAUGUAUUCUUAUUAUUAUUAUAUAAUUAUUAUUGUAUUGUAUUGUAUAUUAUUUUAAAACCGUUACUCGUAUGAUAUUUUGUCUUGAUUGUCCCUAAAAUGAUAUAAAUUUAUUGCUAUGCUUAUUAUCGGCUUACAUCUGUAUUAUGAUUACUAUCAAUUGUUUAAUAUAAAUCAAUUUGUUGGUGGGAAAAUUUCAUAAAAUCUCAGCAAAAUGUUUCACAAUUAUAUUUUU